CCCUGUCUCCUUGAUAUAUAAAUACCACCAAAACCCUAAUCUCAUAAAAGUUUUGGUUGUCUCGUUUUUUCAUCUUCCAUACAAAUAUAGAAAGGUUCUUGGAUCUGGACUAAACAUCAUAUAAAAUGGAACAAGGAGAUCACCAACAGCAGAAGAAAGAAGAAGAAGCUUUGCCGCCGGGUUUCAGAUUUCAUCCCACCGACGAGGAGCUAAUUUCGUAUUACUUGGUUAAUAAGAUCGCCGAUCAAAACUUCACCGGCAAAGCAAUCGCCGACGUUGAUCUCAACAAGUCAGAACCAUGGGAGCUUCCUGAGAAGGCCAAAAUGGGAGGAAAAGAAUGGUACUUCUUCAGCCUCCGGGACCGUAAGUACCCGACGGGAGUGAGGACGAAUAGGGCGACGAAUACAGGAUAUUGGAAAACCACAGGUAAAGACAAAGAGAUAUUCAACAGCACAACCUCGGAGUUGGUCGGGAUGAAGAAGACUUUGGUCUUCUACAGAGGAAGAGCUCCUCGUGGGGAGAAGACUAGUUGGGUCAUGCAUGAGUAUCGACUUCACUCCAAGUCCUCAUAUAGAACCUCCAAGCAAGACGAGUGGGUAGUGUGUAGAGUAUUCAAGAAAACAGAAGCAACCAAGAAAUACAUAAGCAGCAGUAGCAGCAGCACAAGUCACAACCACAACCAAAACCACGCAAGAGCCUCAAUACUAUUAACCAACAACAAUAAUCCUAGUUACUCAUCAGACCUCCUUCAACUCCCACCACAUCUGCAACCACACCCGAGCCUCAAUAUCAACCAAUCUCUCAUGGCUAACGCGGUUCACUUAGCCGAGCUUUCAAGAGUCUUCCGUGCCUCCACAAGCACCACCAUGGACUCUGCUCAUCAUCAGCAGCUGAUGAACUAUAACCACAUGCCAAUCUCAGGGCUCAAUCUCAACCUUGGCGGUGCACUGGUCCAGCCGCCUCCUGUUGUGUCGCUCGAGGAUGUUGCAGCGGUUAGCGGUUCGUUCAAUGGCGAAAACGGGUUUGGAAAUGUGGAGAUGAGCCAGUGCAUGGACUUGGAUGGAUACUGGCCAUCUUAUUGAUCGGUAAUUGUCAGUUUUAAGUUAUGGUUCUUACAUUGUUUGCAUUCGGAAGAAAAUUCCCAUUCACUUGUUGGUAAAACUUUUUUGUUUGUUUUUAUUAUUGCAUUUGUUUACCUAUUCUAGGAAGAUAUCAAGAAUCUAAGACUAGUCAAGCCAAUUAUGGUGUGACUCUUAUGAUUUUUAGUUCCAAAUAAAAUAAAAAGCUGUAACAAUUCCACCAAA